UUCAACAAAAUGGCGGUCUACCAGCGCGCGGCUUUACGGCAGUACAGCGGGUAACGUGAUCACCGGCAAUAUGGCCGCUCCCGGAGAUAACAUACAUGUACAUAGGAAGCAUUGUAGAUGAGAGAGGCGAAGGUCACCGGGAUUCAUCUGCCAAGUGUGCACUACAUGUGAUCGGCGGAGGUGAUCAGAAUUUAAAGAACAAGUUUUUUCUUUUGGCGCAGAAGAUAAGCUUGUCAUACGGAGAAUGAAUCACAGACUGCCUUUUGGCCAGCUCUUUUUGGCACUGCUGUUAGGAGUUGGUGGUGGUAUAUAUAUCUAUAAGCCCCUUUUUGAACAGUAUCGAUAUGAGCAGAAAGCAGUACAAGCAGACAGCAACACUACAGAUGAGAAGAAAGAAAAUAAAUGAUGCUGAAUAGUUCUGAUGUAUUUGCUUCAUUUUAUUAUGGCGGCGACUGUUUGCUGACUUGUAAUAAUACAUCUGUGUUCUGUGCAAUGAUCAAUUUCAUAAGACGUGAAUUCGGGCUGGAAAGCAUUAAAGGAGAGACAGUUCCUUACAUGGACGGAAGGGGCAGCAGAGAGCAAUGUGGUCAGACUGGAAAGAACUACACAACUUCCUCUGGAGCAUACAGCAGCUAAUAAGUGCUGGAAGGAUUAAGAUUUUUAAAUAAAAGAAAUUUACAAAUCUGUAUAACUUUCUGGCACCAGUUAAUAAUAAAAAAAAAAAAAUCCUCAGGAUUACCCCUUUAAAU